AUGUAUGAAAAAUACUGCAAUCCUUUUCCAGAGAACAACAAGCCCCCAAAGGCAGAUGCUGGUCCAGAUAAAGAACUGACUCUUCCUGUGGACAGCACCACUCUAGAUGGCAGCAAGAGCUCAGAUGACCAGAAAAUAGUCUCCUUUCUCUGGGAAAAAACACGGGGCCCAGACGGUGUCAAGCUGGAGAAUGCUAACAGCAGUGUUGCCACUGUAACAGGCCUCCAAGUUGGAACGUACGAAUUUACUCUGACAGUUAAAGACGAGAGGAACUUGCAGAGCCAAAGCUCAGUCAACGUGAUCGUCAAGGAAGAGAUAAACAAGCCACCAGUUGCAAAGAUUGCUGGAAAUGUUGUCAUCACCCUGCCAACAAACACAGCUGAAUUGGAUGGAUCAAAAUCUUCUGAUGAUAAGGGAAUUAUCAGCUACUUGUGGACCCGGGAUGAGGGGAGCCCUGCAGCUGGGGAAGUCUUGAACAAUUCGGACCAUCACCCUGUCCUCCUCCUCUCCAACCUGGUGGAAGGGACCUACACAUUCCAUCUCAGAGUAACAGAUGCCAAAGGGGAGAGUGAUGUGGAAAGGACCACAGUGGAAGUCAAACCCGAUCCUAGAAAAAAUAACCUUGUGGAGAUUAUUCUGGAUGUUAAUGUCAGCCAGCUGACUGAGAGGCAGAAGGGAAUGUUCAUCCGGCAAAUAGGAGUUCUGCUGGGGGUCCUCGACUCGGACAUUACUGUGCAGAAGAUUCAGCCAUACACUGAACAAAGCACGAAGAUGGUCUUCUUUGUAAAGAACCAGCCUCCCCAUCAGAUAUUCAAGGGCCGUGAGGUCGCGUGGACCCUCAAGAACGAGCUCCGGAAGCAGCAGUCAGACUUCCUCAUUUUUCGGGCGUUAGAAAUUAACACAGUCACAUGUCAGCUGAACUGCUCUGAGCACGGGCGCUGCGACUCCUUCACCAAGCGCUGCAUCUGUGACCCCUUCUGGAUGGAGAACUUCAUCAAGGUGCAGAUGGGCGAUGGUGAAAGCAACUGUGAAUGGAGUGUGCUGUAUGUGAUCAUUGCAUCUUUCGUCAUUGUGGUUGCCUUUGGAAUCUUCUCCUGGAUGGUGAUCUGCUGUUGUAAGAGACGAAAAGGAAAAUCUAAAAGAAAAAGCAAAUACAAGAUUUUGGAUGCAACGGAUCAAGAAAGCCUGGAGUUAAAACCAAAUCCCAAAGCAGGUGGCAGGCAGAAAGCCCAGCUCCACAACACCAGCCUGAUGCACUCGGAGUCGGAGCUGGACAGCGACGAAGCCAUCUUCACCUGGCCCGACCGGGACAAAGGGAAGCUGCUCCGCAGCCAGAACGGCUCCCUGCGCAACGGACAAGUGGUGCUCAAAGCCAAGAACCAGAGGGAGGAAAUCCUAUAGCUUCCCCCAGGCUUCUGGCUGGAGCUCUGUGGCAGAGAAGGCUGCUCCUACCCCUGUUUUAUAAGGGCCUUGGAGGUCAGUUUGAUUAGGGCUGUGCUGCUAACUUGUUUCAGAGAGAAUAACUUUGUGGAUUUCUUUUAAUUCAGUUAAAACUGGUUGUACUUGAAUUUGACUGUCAAGGGAAAUCAAAGGGAGGAGGAGAACAACUGUGAACCACAGACUAUUUGUCAGGAAAAACAGAGCUGGCAUCUGGGAUGCAGCGGGAUAGAACCACUUGGAGCAACUGUGAAUGUGCAGGACACUCCUAGCCCACCUCAGACUGCAGCAG